AUGCCACGAGCUCCACUGAGACGAGCUGCAAGUAUUACAGAUCUUCGCUUUACGCUGAGACGCGUCUUCGGCAAGGCCGCAUUCCGACCACUCCAGGAAGAGGUCAUCACCGCCGUCGUUGCUGGACAUGAUGUAUUCCUCUGCGCUGCUACAUCAUUCGGGAAGUCACUAUGUUAUCAGCUGCCAGCUGUUGUCUCCUUUGGGGUUACUGUUGUCAUUUCCCCCCUCUUAGCCUUGAUGGAUAACCAGGUCCAAGCCGCCAAGUCCUUGGGCAUCGCCGUCGAACGUAUCAAUGGCAAGACUGAAUGGUCCGAAAAAAUGCGAAUUGAGACUGAUCUUCUUUGCGGGCAUCCGGAAACCAAACUUCUCUACGUCACUCCAGAGCUUUGUGCACAGGACCGCUUCCGGAAACUCAUCAUGAAAAUCCACCGCCAGGGUCAAUUGGUGCGAAUUGCGGUGGACGAGGCACAUUGUAUCAGUGAAUGGGGCCACGAUUUUCGUCCGUGCUACAAAGAGCUGGUAUGGCUGAAGACCAACCUCACCUGUCCUACCGUGCCGCUGAUAGCAGUGACUGCGACCGCGACGAAACAAGUUCGAGAGGACAUUUUCAGAUAUCUUGGCCUUGAUGUUGAUAAGACCAGAUGCUUUUCCACCUCUACUGCGCGACCAAACAUCCAUUAUGAGAUUCAAUACUUUUCAGAGUCGAACCCAGAGAACGGAGAGGAUGACAUAUUCCCAUACCUUCUAUCAAAACUGAAUUUUAUGUACCAGAGGCGGCUAAUGCAGCUCAGACAUCGGAAAGAGCAAUUUUCAACAGCUGCUGUGCCCCCAAUCACAGGCAUCAUCUAUGUCCCACUUCGUGCUACAGCAGACUCGCUUGCCUCAAGACUGACUGCGGCGGAGAUCCGAGCGAGCGCUUACCAUGCCGGUCUAGACACGGAAACACGAGAGAAAGUACAGAGAACAUUUUUGAGACGUGCCAUUCCGGACCAGCUUUCGGCACAAGCUGAUGACAACCAAAGUAUGACGAGCUCGUUUAACAUCAUCUGUGCGACAACGGCUUUUGGCAUGGGUAUCGACGUCCCCACUAUCCGGUUUGUGAUCCACUACGGUCUCCCACGGGGCAUGGAGUCGUUCACGCAAGAGUCAGGACGUGCUGGCAGGGACAACAGAGCAGCAUCAAGCAUAAUCCUAUACACUCGAGAAGACAAGGAGCGGUGCGAGUAUCGAGCCAAAUGUGAGGCAGCCAAGGACAAAAGCCCGGCCAAGACGGAGUCGAGGUUCGAAUCGCUGCGCAGCAUUGUUGAAUUCUGCGAGAACACCAACUGCUGCCGCCAUUUGCUAGUCUCCCGAUAUUUUGGGGACAGGAAUGGCUCCGCAGAAUGUCACUUUGCGUGUGACGUGUGCAAGGAGGGGCCGAUCAAGUUGAAGAAACGCAAGGAAAGGGGCCUGGCCACGGAAGCAGAAGCGAUGGAAUUCACACAAAGGGAACCAAUUCUGGAUUAUGAGUCCGAAUAA